AUGCGAUCAGGAUCAGGUGUCUAUGCGUGUCGAUCGCUGUAUGACAAGCAAAUUCCUCUGAAGGGGAAGUGCGAAUCCGCGGAUCAAGCGGUUGCUACGAUCGCCGAUGUCCCGAGGGAAUAUCACACCGGAUCUUCACAAUAUGCCUCGGCAGAAUCAGAGAUGGAGUCGGACGAUUCCGUUGGGAUCCAGCGAAUGUCUCUAGGCCCAAGUGGUGCAACACAUGUACGCGAUCGAGUCGAGUCGGUGAAGCUGAAUUCGCGAUCGAAGGCCAAAGGCGCUUAUGAGCAGAUGGCGACUAAUACGCAAGAACUCUUGCAGACAUACCUCGAUGAGGCCAUAGAACGUUUUCGCCGAGACCAACAGAAACGAGCGUAUCAAGCGAUCUACCCUAGCCAAAGGAUCAAGCCUGCUAGAUCCCGUGAAAGAUUUACCUUCGAUGUGGAGAUGGAAUCGGUGCAGUCGCGCAUCAGUCAACCAGAAGUUUUUGAAUCUGACGACAUCGAUUCCGAUGAUUCGGGACAAGAAGAUCGUAGACACGCUAUGGUUGCUACGACCGAGACGUUGCAAGAUGGUGCUAGCAUACCUCAACAAAUUCGAGUGUCGGCGAUGGCAGAGCUGAAAGAAUUCAGUGGCAAGGAUCGAGAUGAAGAUCGGGCCAAAGGCUGGAUCAGCAAGGUCAAAUCGGCCUUCUUGCGCGAUCAAACACCCGAUGAGAAGAAGUGUUUGGUGUUCGGAGAUCUGCUGACAGGACCCGCUCAAAACUGGUAUAACCAACUAUGUUGA